GAAGGGCGAGCGGAGGCCGAGCGCGCCCCUUCCCGCCGCGCGAUGCUGCCCUGGACGGCGUUCAGCCUGGCCCUGAGCCUGCGGCUGGCGCUGGCGCGGAGCGGCGCCGAACGUGGCCCCCGAGCAUCGGCCCCCCAGGGGGACCUGCUGUUUCUGUUGGACAGCUCGGCCAGCGUGUCUCAUUAUGAGUUUUCCCGAGUUCGGGAGUUUGUGGGGCAACUGGUGGGCCUGCUGCCCCUGGGCCCCGGGGCUCUGCGCACCAGCCUGGUGCAUGUGGGCAGCCGCCCGUACACCGAGUUCCCCUUCGGCCAGCACAGCUCAGGCGAGGCUGUCCAGGAUGCCAUACGUGCUGCAGCCCAGCGCAUGGGCGACACCAACACUGGCCUGGCGCUGGCAUACGCCAAGGAGCAGCUCUUUGCAGAGGUGGCGGGGGCCCGGCCAGGGGUGCCCAAGGUGCUGGUGUGGGUGACAGACGGCGGCUCCAGCGACCCCGUGGGACCCCCCAUGCAGGAGCUGAAGGACCUGGGCGUCACUGUCUUCGUCGUCAGCACCGGCCGCGGCAACCUCCUGGAGCUGUCAGCCGCUGCCUCAGCGCCCCCCGAGGAGUACCUACACUUUGUGGACGUGGAUGACCUACACAUCAUUGCCCAGCAGCUGAGGGCAUCCAUUCUGGACGCGAUGCGGCCGCAGCAGCUCCGCGCCUCUGAGGUCACGUCCAGCGGCUUCCGCCUGGCCUGGCCGCCCCUGCUGACCGCAGACUCCGGCUACUACGUGUUGGAGCUGGCGCCCAGCGCUGACCCGGGGACCGUGCGUCGCCAACAGCUGCCGGGGAAUGCCACGGGCUGGGCCUGGACCAACCUCGACCCCGACACCGACUACGAGGUGGCGCUGGUGCCCGAGUCCAACGUGCACCUCGUGAGGCCGCAGCACCUGCGGGUGCACACGCUGCCCCGUGAGCCCGGCGCGGAGGGCGGGGCCGCGGGCGCGGGGCGGGGCCAGGACGAGACCCCGCCCCCUCCUCUCACGCGCCCUCCCCCGCCACCCCCAGAGGAGGCCGGGCCGGAGCGCAUCGUCGUCUCGCACGCGCGGCCGCGCAGCCUGCGCGUGAGCUGGACGCCGGCGCUGGGCCCGGCCGCGGUGCUCGGCUACCACGUGCAGUACGGGCCGCUGCCGGGCGGCGCGGCGCAGCGCGUGGAGGUGCCCGCGGGCCGCAACGGCACAACGCUGCAGGGGCUGGCGCCCGGCACCGCCUACCUGGUGACCGUGACGGCCGCCUUCCGCUCCGGCCGCGAGAGGGCGCUGUCGGCCAAGGCCUGCACGCCCGACGGCCCGCGCAGCCGCGCCCUGCGCCCCCAGCCGCCGGGGGCAGCGGGUCGGGCGCCGUGAGCCG